AUGACCAAGACAACAAACCAAAAGAGUUUACCAAAACCCGCAGAUUUGCACCUUUGUCGUGCUGUAAAGUCCAAACCCAAACCCUUGGAUUCGCACGAUGUUGAAGCCAAAUUCCCUGGCCCUUAUAAAGUUGAAGCUGAGGUCUAUAAUGGCUCCGUUAAAAUGGAGAUUGAUUCUAAACUCAAUAAGGAACCUGAGACGACAGAACCUGAUCAGUUGAUGGAAUUAGAUCAGAUUCCACUGGGGGAAGAAGAAGAAGAAGACGUUGUUGUUCGUGAAAUUGAUGUUUUCUUCAAUCCAUCAAUUGAGGCCAACAACACUAAGCUUUAUGUUCUACAAUAUCCUCUUAGACCCUCUUGGCGACCAUACGAAAUGGAUGAACGAUGCCAACAAGUUAGAGUAAAUCCCUCUACUUCUCAGGUCGAAGUUGAUUUGUCUAUGGAUAUCCAUUCGAGGAACUAUGAUUCCGAGUUUUCAAGUAUGACUAAGCAGACCUUGACAACGACAUGGAAGCAGCAGCCUCCUUGGAUGGAUUACGCUAUUGGGGUUCUUUCAGGUGAUAAGUUACACUUGAAUCCUGUUCAUGCUGUUGCACAGCUCCGACCGUCUACUCAGUAUUUUUCAUUCAAAAAGAAACAAGCAGAAGCUCUAGAAGAAUCUGCCAUAACGUCCAAAGAACUGAGAGAAGACUCGGGAGUCGAGAAGCUUCAUCUUUAUCCUUAA